CGACGACGACGAUCCCUUCCCCUUGCUUGCUCUAUACGUGCGAGAGAAGAUUCCCUUGACUGACGCAGGACCGCCAAGGUCGUUGCGAUUGGACCGUGCCAAGAGCGUGCCGAGGGUCGCGUUCGCUCACGACAUUUCCACAACCCCCCGAGCAUCCGGGGAUAACUAUUGUUCGGCCACGCGCGGACGACGUACUUUGCCGCGGAUCUGCGAGGCUUUCAGCAAGGAUUAGCAAUUAAAGAGGUUUUUCGUUAUGGCGACCUACGCGGCCUAUAGGCACGUUGAACUCGACAACGUCGGCUACGGGAAGAAGAGGGUGUUAAAGCCACCUGGCGGCGGGAGCAGCGAUAUCUUCGGCUCCGGUAACGAGGUCGACAGUCCCCGACGCGUCAAGCAAAACUACAAUCGGUCACAGCUUGGCUCCAACUUCUUCGGGGAUCAGCAGCAGCAACCCUCGUCCAAUGGGAGUAGCGAAGUGGAGACGCUGCGCAGAAAAUCUGGUAAAGAUUCACACGCACGACUGUUCGGUCCUCACGGUGACCCAACCCCAAACCCGAAAAAUCAUAUGCGCAGCAACAUAUCCUUUAACUACACCGGCGUACAGCCGAAUAAGUCUGCGGAUCACGUCGACCGCAGCAACUAUGAUUACUCGAUCAAUGGCAAUGGAGUUGACAGCGAAAUCGCAUUUAGGAGAAGCAAGCGAUUUCGAAUGUCGACCUGCAUGCCACGCAACCCGGUCACCGGCAACGGCAUUUACGUUAAGCCACACGGGUGUAGACGCAUCGUGAUGAGGAAAAAAGAUGGGAACCCCGUCACGGGCACUGGCUACGAGCAGCCAACGAACAACUUGUUGAGCGCCCAGCACAAUGGAAACGGUAUUGGCCACGGCCAUGGAGGUGAUACGCCGAGUAUCGCCAGCGACAAGUCCAGCACCGAUUCAUCCCCGAGCGCCGGCGGUGUCGCCCGGAUGAAGAAUCGCGUACCGCCCGGUGGCUACUCAUCCGGCCUCUGGUAAAUGAAACGACGACCAGCGCUCAGCGACAAGGACGGAGACUGAAUGAUACGUCGG